GAGAGAGAGAGAGAGAGAGAGAGAGGAAGGGGAGAAUGACAGAAGAGUGAGGCAGAGAGACGGACAGAUGGAGGAGAAGCAUGCAGCAGCAGAGAGGAGGAGAAACAAAGCGUGUUGACUGAGGAAGUGUGCAUGCCAUGCGGGCCAUGUGCUCAGAUCCACGAGCGCAGUCCGGGAUGGUGUCUGCAAACCGGGUUUACUUCUGCAACUCCAGCUCCAAAGAAUACAGCCUCUCUUCACGAUGGACGUUACAGAUUGGCGAUGGAGGGCUCCAGUCCUGCUGAUUCUGCACAGAUUAUUCCAGAUAAACAACCGUGUGUUCCCAAAGCCACUCCAAGAAGAGAUGGACUCAGCUGCGUGCAGACAAGUGCGGCGUCCCACCACUCAGCGGCGCCCCGCCACUCAGCGGCCGGCCUCGGUUCACGUGUCUGUGGCUGCUGUCAGUUGCUCAGUAGGCAGUGUAGAUCCUGUGUAGCAAUCAGCAGCUACAUCUGGCUACUGGGUCUCCGACGGCUCUGCCUACUUCCCGGUCGAGCGUGCCCGUUCCACUCCCAUUGGCUGGUGGCACAUUCCGAUCCUCUGAUUGGCUGCGGUGUCGGGUGGGGGGCUCCAUCCUGUGACCCCACAGACAGGAUGUUCUCUGUGUCACAACUCCACAAGGGGCCCUUGUCAAGGCUUUUUGUGUGUUUUUUUCUCUCCUUCCUCUUCCGCCAUUCUUUUUCAUUCUCCCCGUCUCUCCUCUCUCGUGCGCUCUCCCUCAAGCUCCUCUUUGUAAAAUGUCCUCGUAAACUCUAUUAAAGUUAAACUUUCAAGGUAGGAUUUUGCCAAAGGAAAAGCAUGAAUUGAUGCAUGUUUGAAAAGCCUUUGAGGUGAAGAAAUGAACCUUUGCUUUGUCCUGAACCUGGCAUACAAUGUAGAUUUCUGUGUGCUUUAAUUCUACAGCUACAUUGUCUGCUGGGUUUCUGGCUAGCAAUAUAAGCGGCAGUUGUAUAACCGUCCGGUGCUCGGAGGUAAGUAUUCAUCUGUUCUGUCAAUGCCUGA